GUUAUUCACUCCGUCACCCAAAUCCAAAUUACUAACUUGCAUGAACUUACCCUCGUAGCCAAUUGGAGAGAGAUAAGGAUAGGAAAAGGAAGCUGACAGCAUAAAAUACCCACUGCUGGAGCAGCACCUUGGUGUGUGUGGGCAAGCACUUUUUUUUGUUUGUUUUUGGAGUUGGAAAGGCACAACUGCUAGCACUGACAACAACACUUCACCCACCUGUGUACAGAACCACAGCUACUGUAGCUACCCACCUAAAGUCAUCUGAGAGAAGAACGAACGAGAGAGAGAGACAACACACCCAUUGAACACAGGCCUGGUCGGACUCCAUUCCACAGCUCUGCUCUGGACCAUGGUCCGUCAUACCACCUGUAUCAUGAGCAUCCCUUCCACUGCCAGCAUUGAGAGCCAGCUGCCCACAACAUGGAGCUCCUACCCCUGCCCAGACAUUUCCACAGUGAUGCCCGGUUACACCAGUCGCCUGUGGUCCCAGGACUACAAGCCUCAGUAUUGGUCAAAGUACCUGGUGUGGCAGUGGCUGCAGCAGAUGGUGGACAUGCACCAGAUUGACGCUGCCAGCAUCCACUUCCAGAACUUUGACGUGGACGGCCAUCAACUGUGCAGCAUGACCUACCAGGACUUCACACGGGCCGCAGGCACCGUGGGGCCUAUCCUCUACCAAAGCCUCAACGAGCUCAAAUGGAGGGGGCAGUAUCCUGGAGUGGAGUUUAACCCACUGGACAUUAUCAAAUCAGAGGCAGAUGAUUUCCCUUGUCCAUUCCCAGAACCUAGCAUAUAUCCUGCAGACAUUUUUGAUCCCUCAUGUCAAUGUCUUGCACCUGUGGCAUCACCCACUACCUCAAGUCCAGACAGUCGCCCUCAUCAGAUGAAAAAACACAACCCCCGGGGGACCCACCUGUGGGAGUUCAUUAGGGACAUUCUGCUGAACCCAGAGCGGAACUCAGGCCUGCUCAAGUGGGAGGACCGGACAGAUGGCGUGUUCCGUUUCCUCAAGUCAGAGGCUGUUGCUCAGCUGUGGGGCAAGAAGAAGAACAACAGCAGCAUGACCUACGAGAAGCUCAGCCGAGCUAUGAGGUUAUGGUGGCGAUGGUAUUUAGAUGCAUAGGAGGGAUAAUUUGACCAAACAGGGUGUGGACCUCAAAACCCCUCUAACCGGCUGAAGAAAUGGCUUUCACUACAGCCCUGUCCUGCAUCACUUCUAUCUAGAGACCUGAGUCUGAGCCAGCAAACGGUGUACAGCAUCCAGUUGAAGUUAUCAAAUGUUUUUCACUCAGGAGUGCAACAGAAGUCCACGUGGAGUGAGCAUGGAGAGAGAUCUGUUCCAAAACUUCUCAUAUUGCUGGUUGGCAAAUGGACAAGACUUAAUGAGUUGUGGUGGGGUUCAGGUGAGACGUUGAAAUUGGGACAUUAUCAAGGGCCAUCCACCUUGAACUGUGAAGUUAUCUGAAGAAGAAAAUUAAGAAAAAUGCCAGAAGAUUAAGUGCUGGAGAAGGGAGGGGGUUGGUCAACUUUACCCGUAAUUAUUUUAGACUUGGAGGUCUACACUGCUAAAUUUAUAGUGAUUUAGGCUAAGAAUGCAUUGAGAUACUGAUCUGUAAUUAUAACCCUGAUUAGGAACUUAAUACUAUAAUUAUGAGAUUAAUAUAUUGUAGGGUAAUAUAAAUGUACAUUCUGCCAGUGUUAAAUUGAGGGUUUUUGAUUUUGAAUGAUACAACCAAUGUGAAUCACCGAGCAAUGUCAUUCUAAAUUUGUUGGAUGAUUAAUUGGGUUUUAAUUAGGAUUUGGAAACUGAAUGAUUUCCCUGACCUAUUCCCUAUUCCUGACUACAUUUCUGAUGAGGACCCCAAUCCUGAGCAUAAGGACCCAGAUGUGGAGCCCACACUGAAUGUACAAGGUGCCCAGAGAGUGGUGUCUGUCACGCUGACCCCUGUCUUUGUGCAAAGUGCCAGUGUGAUGACUGUCCUAUUUCCUGUAAUGAAUCAUGUGUGAUUACAUGUUUUAUGUUUCAUUUUAUAUUCCAGAUUGACUGUGUUUAGUUAAGAUAUGUCUAAAACUCAGCACCCAAAAGAAAGGUUGUUUACUAUGGAUGAAAUAUCAGGCACUAGAAAUAUGUACUUGUUUGUUUGAAUUUAUGUUUAACAAUAAUCAUGUAAUGCUUGUAUACUUACAUUUUUUGUGGAAGAAGCUUAGCUUCGAGAGGGGAAUGUCAGGGAAAAAUGACAUACUUACCUGAUUUGUUUGAUAUUAAUAGUAAUUUAUAUUUAACUAAGAGUGAAUCUGGCCUGCUAAUGCUGAGUUUUUAUGGUGUCCACUCUAGCACCCUGCAGCUAGUCUGGGUGUCGGGGACAUGGUUUUUACUAGAGAUAGCUUGAAGCUGAGGAUUGAUAUAUCGGUGAUAAAAAAUAACAGCCACAUUCCAGUCUAUCAUUAGUGGUGUAUGUGAGACAUAUGUCUCUGGUCUAACUGGGCCUGCAUGCUAUAGAUGAGAUUGAGGCUCUCUCUAUGGUUCUUAGACAUCCUGGCAUCUGGGAGACAGCACCAGAGGCAGAUGACCAUAGGAUGAACCCAAAGUGGCUUAUCGUGUGCCCCAAUCUAUAUGGGAUGGGUGGAACCAAGCAUUCUGGGUAUAAGCUUUAUGAACUGUGCAUUGUCUGUAUGAUUCAGACUCUCAGCCUAACAGUCAGUCAAGACUGUUGGGUUGACGUCUCAUUAUUGCAAUAAUGAAUAGAUAUUAAAUA